GAUCUUCAACACCCUCUUUUGCCCAAGAUACAAAUUUAGCCGUCGCAAGCGCAUAUUUGAGCCAGGCCGCUAUAGUGUUGAUCUCAUCUGUAGCUGGGGGGGGUUUUCUAGCAGUGUCUCUGUUGCGACGCUUUCAUACCCAAAGCGAAAACCACACGAAGCAACAGUCUUGAUCUACACCACAGCCUCACAAAGAUCUAUAUUGCACUCAUGGCUGAACAACCGAGUAUCACGUCUAUUCUGGCGGCUUUAGCUGCUCAACAUGGUGGCACUUCACAGAACCAGCAGUCACCACAGCCAGGGUAUCAGGAACAGCAGUACCAACAACAACCACAGGGCCAACCUCAGCAUGGAUAUUCGGCUACACAAUACCCAUUACCUCAGCCAACGCACUCUGGCAACGUUGACCUCAGCAGCAUAAAGCCGGUUAAUUCUGGGACUGUUAGCAUCGCAGAUGCCAUUGCAAAGGCAAAAGCCAUAGCUGCAGAGAAAGGGCUGGCAUAUGAGAGGCCAGCAUAUGGUGCCGACCAUAGGGCUGACGCGUCAAUGUCGCACAUACAACCUCGAUCGCGAUCAAGAUCCCCGCCUCCUGGUCGCCGAGAGCCAUUCCGCGACAACUACAACCCCUACCGAGACGAGCGGAGGCCUGAUAGGAUGCCUGUGGGGAGAGACCAAUAUGGUAGAGAACGCUCAUUUUCCCCAGCACCACGUGCUCGAGGUGCACAGGAGACAUUCUCACCCCCUCGGGCUGGUAAUGCGGGGUAUAAUGUUCGCGAGAGAUCACCAAUCGGCAGAGGUGGAGGAGGAGGAGGUGACGGCGAUAACUCCGAGAUAAUCACGAUAGAGUCUAACCUUGUUGGUCUUAUUAUUGGCAGACAAGGCGAAAAUCUUAGACGUGUUGAGGCUGAAACCGCUUGCCGUGUCCAGUUCAUUCCCAUCUCCGAGGAGAAUGGCCCAUUCCGCCAGUGUAAAAUCAGUGGUCCGCGAGCACGCCGAGCAGAAGCUAUUGCAGAAAUCAACCGCAUUAUUGACGAUAGCGGUAUGGGAAGCGGUGCUCGAGCCGGAGCAGAUCGUCAGGGAAGAGAUGCCGCCCCAGCUCGUGCUAGCUCACACCAACCAGCACUACGCGAUGGUGAAGAUAGUAUGCAAAUAAUGGUCCCUGACAGAACUGUGGGCCUCAUCAUUGGCCGCGGCGGUGAGACUAUCCGUGAUCUACAGGAAAGGAGUGGAUGUCAUGUCAAUAUUGUGGGCGAGCAAAAGAGCGUCAAUGGCUUGAGACCAGUCAAUCUUAUCGGUUCGCGUGAAGCUGCAGCCCAAGCAAAGGAUCUAAUUAUGGAGAUUGUAGAAAGCGACAGCAAGAGCAUGGCUGAAAAAGGCCGUGCUCCUCCUCCACAAAGGGAGCCUGCCAGAGAUGUUAACUACGGUGGGGCGAGCGGAGGUGCUGAUAAGGUCAACGACUCAAUAUAUGUUCCUUCGGAAGCUGUCGGCAUGAUUAUUGGAAAGGGAGGCGAAACUAUCAAAGACAUGCAGAACACCACAGGCUGCAAGAUCAAUGUAACACCUUCAUCUGGCCCUGGCGAGGUCGAGCGUGAGAUUGGCUUGGUUGGAUCCAGAGAUUCAAUUGAGAGAGCUAAGCUGGCGAUUGAAGACAAGGUAGAGGCCGUGCAAUUAAAGAAUGGAGGAGGUGGUGGUCGGAACAAACCUCCCCAGAAUGAUCAGGGAGAUCGCAGCUAUUCCCAGCAAGCUUAUGGAAGUGCCCAAGGACAGCCUCAAUCACAACAAGGGCAAGCUCCAGCAGCGACAGGGGGCGAAGACCCAUACGCAGCAUAUGGCGGUUAUCAAGCAUAUGUUGCACUUUGGUACCAAGUCAUGGCUGCUCAACAAGGCGGCCAAGCACCAGGCGGCCCGUCACAACCGCCAGGAACUUCCUAAUCCCCGCCCAGACACACCAUUGCCACUCUUCGGACAUCGACACUAUCUUGACUGCUUGACUGCAUGAUUUGAUUAUUGAGACUCGCCUGACCGAAACUGCACACUGAGACUGUGAUGCCAGCACUGGCUGGUAUGACAUACAUGAUUGCAUGCACUUGUUGAUCGUUAUGAAGCUGCUGAAGAUUGAUGCCGCAACUCCAAGCUACAGGUCCUCGGCCACGACAUGAUCCAUUGAUGAUGCCCCUCUUGGUAGCCAGAUCGACUUUGUGGUUUUCUUGACCUGGAUGACCCAUAUGACUGCCUGACAUGCUUUACUGGCCGUUAGAAUGCACCAUGACCGCAAUGAUACUCCCCGGAGUUCUGUCUACAUCCUGGGCUCCGCUAACAAUAUCUACAAGCACUUCAUGCCGGUGUUACAGUUGGAUGGAAACGGUUGCAUUGCUGGUGAUAUUAAAUGCCCUGGUACGGUGGCCCUGUUGCCUUUUUCGUUCGUCAAGGACGCCGCCUAUUGACGCCGAUCACAAAUCCUCUCAUUUUCAAUUGGACUUGUCAAUGGAAUGAGAACUGACUGCAUGAUUUUACGGGUCCGAGGACGAGUAUAUAUCUGCACAGAGUAAGUGGUCGGCAUCGUGGUCGUCUUUUGCUAUGCGAAUAUGUAUAUUGUAGGAUUAUUAGUUUUGCGCAAUGAACAUGAAGUUUCUCC